UCCUGACAGGAAGUAGAGCGCUAAACCAGAUUUCGAACUGUGAGUGACCAUGAUAACGCUAUACAAACUCCGAUUUUUGUUAACAUCUCACAGAUUUAAACAUGCAAACAAAUUUAUAUCAAACGGACAACUUCUUAACCUCGUCUUGCUUCCGUGUUUCGCUUCAGGAAGAGCUGUCAGCUCUCACAGGAAAGGCAUUAAUGGUGUUUCUCACUGUAAAGCAGUUAAAGGACACUUGUCUCUGAACUCUUUCAGCACUGUUACAAUCAACAGACUCUGUUGGAAAUGCGGAUCUUCUGCUGAAUUAUUUUUCUGUUCGUCCUGUAAUGUGAUCCAACCUACUGAUGACAAGAGUAAUUAUUUUGACAUCUUGAACUGUGAACAAAAAUUUUCUUUGGACAUCAAGAAACUUCAGAAAAGAUACUUGGAGCUGCAAAGGUCUCUCCAUCCUGACAACUUCAGCCAGAAAUCAUCGAAAGAGCAGGAAUAUUCAGAAGAACAAUCAGCACUGGUGAACAAAGCCUACAGAACGCUGCAGAAACCUCUGAGUCGGGCCGUCUACAUGCUGGAGCUGCGAGGGGUUUUGCUGGAGGAAGGUACGGACGCCGCGGCGGACCCCGCGUUUCUCCGAGAGAUCCUGGAGAUCAACGAGAACCUCGCAGAGACGCGGAGCCAAGACGAGGUCAGCGCUAUCGGGCGGUCUGUGCGAGAGAAACUGAAAGACUUGACUGAACGGAUGAAUUCAUCUCUGAACACAGGGGAUCUGCUUACCGCCAAAGAGCUCCUGGCCCAAAUGAAGUACUUCACAAAUAUAGAAGAGAAGGUAAAAGACAGAAUUACAGAGGGUUGCUGAGGGAAAAUUGUAAACAAUUUGCAAUUGUAAUCCUGCUCAGUGAAAGAUUCACGCUUGUUCUCUGAAGUUUUUGUAGUUGUAUUUAUUGUUAAUAGUGUAUAUUUGUUGGAUUAUGGUUGGUAUCUAAAUAAAGUACAUUAUUUUAA